CCUUUACCUACUUCCCACCCUCCGCCAACCGCCACCGCCACCAACCAUGCCACCGCCGCCCAAUUUCCCACCGCUACCCCCGCCACCACCGUUCUUCUGGGGAGAAACACCGGAGGAAGAAUACUACAACUCCCAAGGCGUCCGUAACUCCAAAUCCUACUUCCAAACCCCAAACGGGAAAAUCUUCACUCAAUCAUGGCUUCCUUUAGCCGAAGAUCAACCGAUUAAGGCCGUCGUCUUCAUGACUCACGGUUACGGAUCCGAUUCCAGCUGGUGUUUCCAGAAGAUCUGUAUCGCGUAUGCGAAAUGGGGAUACGCCGUCUACGCUGCAGAUCUGAUUGGUCACGGCCGUUCGGAGGGACUCCAUGGAUACAUCGGAGAUAUGGAUAAGGCCGCCGCUACAUCGUUAUCUUUCUACACUAGUGUUCGCCGGAGUGAAGAGUACCGUAAUUUUCCGGCGUUCCUUUUAGGGGAAUCGAUGGGCGGAUUGAUCACGAUGCUUAUGUACUUCCAAUCGGAUCCUGACAUGUGGACCGGAUUGAUCUUCUCGUCACCACUUUUCGUCAUACCAGAAGGCAUGAUUCCGCCCAAGCUACAUUUAACGAUGUACGGGCUUCUGUUCGGACUAGCGGAUACGUGGGCGGUGAUGCCAGAUUCCCGGAUGGUAGCGAAGGCAAUCAAAGACGUCGAGAAACUAAAGAUAAUAGCGGUGAACCCAAAACGAUACGCUGGAAAACCAAGGGUAGGGACGAUGAGAGAGGUCGUGAGAGUGACUAAUUACGUACAGAACAACUUCGAUAAGGUUACAGCGCCAUUUUUGACGCUCCACGGGACUUCCGAUGGACUUGCCUGCCAUUCUGGUUCGGAAAUGUUGUACGAGAAGGCUGCAACUGCCCCGGAGGAUAAAGCAGUGAAGUUGUAUGAAGGAAUGUACCAUUCGUUGAUUCAAGGGGAACCCGAUGAAUCCGUUGAUCUCGUGUUGGCGGACAUGAAAGCUUGGAUCGACGAGAAGGCGAAGAAGUUUGGUCCCGGAAACUGAUACGUGUUCUUCGUGUUCAAAAAAUAAAUCGUUAAUUUUGUAAUAUGUUACUAAUAAUUAUAAUGAAAGUUGUCUUUGUGAAUUAAAAAGUACCGUUAAUUUGUGAUUCGUUAUGGAUAACGGCGAGUGUUGUUUU